CUCCCGGCGCGGCGGCCGCGGCGAGAAAGUAAGGUGAAAAAGUCCAAGUGCAGCUGCGGGAGCGAUGGGGGCCGGCUCCUCAAGCUACCGGCCCAAGGCCAUCUACCUGGACAUCGAUGGACGCAUCCAGAAGGUGGUUUUCAGCAAGUACUGCAACUCCAAUGACAUCAUGGACUUGUUCUGUAUCGCCACUGGCCUGCCUCGGAACACCACCAUCUCCCUUUUGACCACAGACGACGCCAUGGUCUCCAUCGAUCCCACCAUGCCCGCAAAUUCAGAGCGAACUCCCUACAAGGUGAGACCUGUGGCCGUCAAGCAAGUGUCUGAAAGAGAAGAACUUAUCCAGGGCGUGCUGGCCCAGGUGGCAGAACAAUUCUCCAGAGCGUUUAAGAUCAACGAGCUGAAAUCCGAAGUUGCAAAUCACCUGGCCGUGCUGGAGAAGCGGGUGGAAUUGGAAGGACUGAAAGUGGUGGAGAUCGAAAAAUGCAAGAGUGACAUUAAAAAGAUGCGGGAGGAGUUGGCAGCAAGAAACAGCAGGACCAACUGUCCAUGUAAAUACAGUUUUUUGGAUAGCAAGAAGUUGACACCUCGACGUGAUGUCCCCACUUACCCCAAGUACCUGCUCUCCCCAGAGACCAUAGAAGCCCUACGGAAGCCCACCUUUGAUGUCUGGCUUUGGGAACCUAACGAGAUGCUGAGCUGUUUAGAGCAUAUGUACCAUGACCUCGGUCUGGUCAGGGACUUCAGCAUCAACCCAAUCACACUCCGCAGGUGGCUGCUCUGUGUACAUGACAACUACAGGAACAAUCCCUUUCACAACUUCCGGCACUGCUUCUGUGUGACGCAGAUGAUGUACAGUAUGGUCUGGCUCUGUGGCCUCCAGGAGAAGUUCUCCCAGAUGGACAUCUUAGUCCUGAUGACUGCGGCCAUCUGCCAUGACCUGGACCACCCAGGAUACAACAAUACAUACCAGAUCAACGCCCGCACGGAACUCGCUGUGCGCUACAACGACAUCUCACCGCUGGAGAACCACCACUGCGCCAUUGCGUUUCAGAUCCUGGCGAGACCCGAGUGCAACAUCUUUGCCAGCGUGCCACCCGAGGACUUCAGGCAGAUCAGGCAGGGGAUGAUCACGUUGAUCUUGGCUACCGACAUGGCGAGGCACGCCGAAAUUAUGGAUUCUUUCAAAGAAAAAAUGGAGAAUUUCGACUACAGCAACGAGGAGCACCUGACCCUGCUGAAGAUGAUUCUCAUCAAGUGCUGUGACAUCUCCAAUGAGGUCCGUCCCAUGGAGGUGGCAGAACCGUGGGUGAACUGUUUACUGGAGGAAUACUUCAUGCAGAGCGACCGUGAGAAGUCCGAAGGCCUUCCCGUGGCCCCAUUCAUGGACCGAGACAAAGUGACCAAAGCUACAGCCCAAAUUGGGUUCAUCAAGUUUGUCCUGAUCCCAAUGUUUGAAACAGUGACCAAGCUCUUCCCCAUUGUCAAGGAGACCAUGCUGCAGCCACUCUGGGAGUCCCAAGAACACUAUGAGGAGCUGAAGCAGCUGGACGAUGCCGUGAAAGAGUUGCAGAAGAAGACGGAGAGCUUGACAUCUGGGGCCACCGAAAACGCCACAGAGAAGAACAGAGAUGUGAAAGACAAUGAAGGCCGUUCUCCUCCAAACUGAUGGAUGUCUCAACGUGUGCACCUUCUUCCAAACACUGCAGUCAAGUGUUUUCACCUUUAACCUCCCAGUGGAGACUGAGCAUCUGCGCCAACACUCCAGAGGCACAGGAACUCUCCAGGGAUGAUAUGUAUAAAGUAUCAAUCGCCUGAUACACCUACAGGGCAAGAGCUGAGUCAAGCCGCAGCAUGCAGCCGGCUUUCCAAUGAGCGAAACUUUAAUCCUGCGCAUCCCAAUUAGAACCUGGGCUCUGAUGUGGAAGGGUUCACACUUUGGAUAAAGAAAGGAUUAAUUAUCAGGAUGGGCGCCACUCUUGAGACGAAAUCGUCUGUGAAGUACAUCUGGAGUAUUAGCAGCUUUUAAAGAGCAUUUGUCCUCGUCACCACAAGCUCGUCCCCUGACAUCUGCUGACACAGCGCUUCUCUCCGAACACCCAUCCGCCAGGGCUUGCUCCAGCGCAUGCUCCAGGGCUUUCCAGGCUCUCACUAAUCACACGGCUGUUAGGUCUGUCGGAUAAGCUUCAGGUUUACGCAUGGAGACGGAGAAGCUGGGUUUGAAGGGGAAAGAGCAAAGACGUCAGCCUGAGACAUGCUUUUUAGUAAAACCUUUCAAGUGGCAGCCGUGUGUGAACCCCAGAGCUGUCAUCUAUAAGCCUGAGGUCACCAUGCCACUAUUGGGACUUGGGCAGUUGUGGGAACUGCUGUUCGGUGCUGAGGUAUCCAUCCA